CUUGUGUGAUUUUGAUAAAUGUAUGUUUCUUAGAGAACAACGUCUUACGUGGGAGAUGUUUAAUGUUAGCAUCAGCAGUCAUGAGGAUUUGAAUGCUUGGAUUUGUGUGCAAACUGAGCAACCAUAAGAAACACACAAGUCUUUAUUUAUCUCUUAUGCUUUGGUGUUGGUGAAGAAGCUUUAUUGUAACACUCACGAAUUACACUAAUCAUGUAGAGCUAUUCUAUUUGCUGCUUGAAAUAUUUAUUUUAGAACUGAGUAGUCUGAUCUUAUACUACGUAAAUUAACAACUUACAUUCCUUAGUGGAGGAGGGAAGCGUAUGCUGAGAGACUUAGCUGGAUUUCUGCAAUUAGUUCACAGACAGAGUCAUCUUGUUGCUGCCUACAUUGCUCUGCCAGCUCUGGAAUUCUUUUGACGAUGUCUGAAUCUCUCCGUCUAUCACUUGCCUUUUGUAGAUUUGCUGUUUCCAUGUGUUUCAGAGCACUUUGCUGCAAAGGACCGCCACCUCCGCGACCCGAGUAUGAUAUAGUUUGCAUUGGUCUCACUGGUGUUGGAAAGACAGCUGUAUUAUCUCAACUGUGCAGUGAAAGCAUAGAAAACAUUGCACCUACAACAGGUUUUAGUAUAAAAGCAGUUCCAUUCCAAAAUGCUAUCCUGAACGUAAAGGAACUUGGAGGAGCUGAUCAGAUUCGGAAAUACUGGAGUCGAUACUACCAAGGCUCACAAGGAGUAAUAUUUGUAUUAGACAGUGCAUCUUCUGAGGAUGACCUUGAAACUGCAAGAAAUGAACUUCAUUCUGCCCUUCAGCAUCCACAGCUUUGCUUUUUGCCAUUUUUAAUAUUAGCCAACCAUCAAGACAAGCCUGCUGCACGUUCUGUACAAGAGAUUACAAUGUCUCGUCUCCUUAGGAAGACAGGAAGAAACGAAAGAAGGGGAUGUGUAAGUUAUUUGAAUGUUUGCCAGCUGUCUUCUUGAAGCAAGUUUUUUGAUUCCUUGUUCAUGUUUGCUGCAGCUGAGAAUCAAAAAAUAUUUUGAACUUGAGCCACUUGCACGAGGAAAACGUUGGAUUCUUCAGCCUUGUUCUCUCGAUGAUAUGAAUAGAAUAAAGGAUAGCUUCAGUCAGUUUAUUGGUUUAUUAGAAGACAAAGAGCUGGAACCAGGAAAAAUAUGAACAUUUCAUAAGGCUUAAAAAAAACUCUCCUCACUCAAUGUAGCUGUAUUUUUCUGUGUAAGACCUGUAUCGUUAUAAUUUAACUGUCAGCAUAACUAUUUGCAUUUUCUACAAGUUAAUGUAUACAUAUAUUGAUAGGUAAUUUUUUUUUUGGAAAUGUAUAGUGAUGUUUUCAAAAUUAGGUGCAAGUUAAUUAGCACUGGAGGACAUGAAACCAAUCUGAACCACUCUAAUGUGAAUUUUUACUCAUUUUCCUCUUGCUUAUUUUUGUGCAUGGCAUUGGCUCAGUGUUAAAAAUAUUCAAAAUCUUUUUGAAUGUACCAUAUCAUAAACAGAGAGACUGUGCAUAACCUAGUAAGAGGACUGUUUAUAACUACAGCUCGGUAGAAUAUUAAUUGUGAAACAGUGUAAUGGUGUGUUGAAGUUUGUUGAUGAUUAUUAACUUUAUCCAUUAGCCUGUGAAGUCUACGAUUGCUAAACAAGCCAAUCACUGUGGACUUUACUAUAAAAAAAUAGGGGCAAGUAGAGGUUUAAGGCAGUGUGUUCUCUGAACCCUCAUUGCAUUAUGUAUUUGUGUGUUAGCAGUAUUUUCCUUGUUUAAAUGUUUGAUUCAUGCACACAAAUAUGUUAGCAUGUCUGUCUGUUUUAUGCAAUAACCUUUCAUGUGGUAGUUACAUAGAUAUAGAUAUAGAUAUGGGUGCAGAUAUAGAUACAUAUAUAUAUAUAUAUAUAUAUAUAUAGAUAUAUAGUUAGUCUCACAUAGUUUAAAAACAUUAAAUAGUUAUGUAUAUUGAUUAUGUCUAAAGUAAUUAACUGUCACAUAAGCAAAUAUUGAACACCAGACAAAUGUGAAAAUUGAGUCCUGUGGUAAAAUAAGAGGUUCUCUAAAACAUUGUGUACAUUGAAAAGGAACUGGGAUACACAAUAAUACAAACUUCUUCUACUGCACAUUGUAAAUCUAUGAUUUACAGCAGUAUUUUUUAAAAGAAGGGAUCCUUAAUUUAGAUUUCUUGUCAAAUGUUACUUUUAUAUACUGUACAAACGUUUCAUUUACCUCUAUUUUUAAUGCUGACUAUUUCCUUACAUGAAAACAGUGCACAGAUUUAUAAGCUACAUUUCUCCAAACUGUGUCUUACAUUUCUGAGUUUUCUUGCAUUGGUAUGAGCUGUAUAUAAUCAACAGGAAUUGGUUGAUACAGCACACUGUUGUAUAACGAGUAUCAUCUUUCAUUCAGGAUAUGUAUUGUUUUCACCUUCUGUUAAUUGUAUUUUCUUAUAUUUGUUCACAUUUGUUUGGGUGUAUAUUUGUACCAGCUUUGGGCUUUUUUCAGACCUGCAAUGGUCUGUGACAUUUUAGAAGAAUGAAAACACUAUCAAUCAGUAUCCAACAACAGCUGUUUCUGACAAGUUCUCUCUGACGCCUAAUGCUUUACAACUGUCAACGGGGUCUACUCCUUGUCUGCCACUUAUGUCAGAGCCAUGCAGUCACUUGUUUUCAUAGUAAAGCUGAAUUUAAACUUUCACAGGCUGUAGGGGUUUUCUGAAAUUCCUUGUUAUAUUUUCCCACUUAGUGCUCAUCCCCUAGUGUUUUGUAUGGCACAGGAACUCCAGCCGUGCAAGCUUUGUGGUGAAUUUGUGAUGUAUCACUGAAUGUUUUCCUGUAAGCAUAGUAUAAUUCAUUGUAUUUAUAGAAAUUAACCAACUUUUUAUAUCCUGGUUGCCAAUGCAGUUGCCUUUUUAUUAUGGCAAUUAAUUUGUAUUUUUGAAAUUUGUAUCUUUACUAUAGGUAAAUAAGUGUCAGUGCUAGUUUAUUGGUAUACUUAACUGCUUUUGUACUGGAAUAGUUUUGUACUUAGCAGUUGAUGAGAUUACCACACUCCAGGAAAUUCUUUCUGUGAUGUAAAUAUAUGUACAUGCCACUGUCCUGGAAUAAGAAAAUAAAGGUUGUGGCAAAGA